AAAAAAUUAAAUUUCUGGCAGCAACCUGAAAUAUGGUUUUCGCCCCUGCGCAACGAAACCUAUAAAAUAAGAAAAAUAGGGGGGUGAAGAAUUUUGAGGUGGGGGGCUGGGAAUUGAAAAAUAUGGAUUAUAAAUCUGCAAAUAUUGAUUUGCAGGCACUAUACAAUGAGAUUCGAUGCCAUGCGGACACAAUUUACAGGUUUAAUGGGGUAUGGGAAGGCCCUAAUCCGCUGUCACCUAUUGUGCCCCUCUUCCUCAUUCAAUUGACCAUUGCCAUCUUGUUCACUCGUCUCCUCAUUGUUGCUUUAAAACCUUUUAACCAGCCACCUUUUGUCGCCGAGAUUUUGGUGGGUUAUUCUUUCCUUUCAAUAUUUAACUAAUUCCAUGCUAACUUUCCUCAAAUUCUCUUUUCUUUUUUUUUUUUAUCAUCAUCAUUCAGUUUUUGUUGUAUUCAUUCUCGUGUCAAUUAAUUUGGGAUACAUACGACAUCCCCAACCUAAUUUACUGUGGGGUGUGUGUGUACGUGAUUUCUGGUAGGGUGGGAUGCUAAUAGGUCCUUCAGCAUUUGGCAAGUUGAAUGUCUUCAACAAUAUGUUGUUCCCGGCUUACUAUAUGCAUGUGUUAGAGCCGAUGGCGCAUUACGCUCUGGUGCUCUACGCCUUCCUCAUGGGACUCCAGAUGGAUAUCCGAGCCAUUACCCGAUCUGGUACUCAAGCCCUGCAUGUGGCCGUUGCUGGUGUUUUUAUCCCCUUCGUCGUUGGGUCCACCUUGUAUUUUGUGUCCACUGAUGAAGAUAUUAGGCUCCGCGGUACCUUCUUCUGGGGUGCUGCUCUAUCCGUUACCGGUUUUCCCGUACUCGCCCGAAUUCUUGAGAAACAAAAGAUCCUACUCACCGAGAUUGGCAAGACUGCCUUGGCUUCUGCCUUGCUCAGUGACGUCUUUUCAUGGUUCUUCCUAGCCAUUGGAUUCGCACUCACAGUUUCCCACCCCCUAUGGAUCAUUAUUACCACCUCCGCCUUGGUUUUGCUCUCUACUUUCUAUCUUCGCCCUGCCCUUGCUUGGAUCAUUCGCAACACUCCUGUUAGCCAAGGCUACAGUGAAUACUAUAUUUGUUGUAUUCUCACUGGAGUUUCCCUCAUGGGGGUGAUCACAGACGUGUGUGGCACACACCCCAUGAUAGGUGCCUUCAUUUUUGGGCUCAUCAUUCCCAACGAUGUUCUCGAGUCUCUGCUUUUGGACCGGCUCAGUGACUUUGUUCACGGCAUCUUAAUGCCCAUCUUCUUCCUGGUGUGUGGGCUUAGAGCCAACCUCGAUGACAUUGGUACUUCCCCAGGUAGUUGGAUCAAGAUGGCACUCGUCAUCAUCUUUGCUUUUGCUGCCAAGAUCAUUGGUGCUGUUGCAGUAUUUUUCUUACAUGAUUUACAACCUGGUCAAGCUGUGGCUGUUGGAAUCCUCUCCAAUACCAAGAGCACUGUAGCUUUGAUCAUUCUUGAAGUUGGACUCACUCAAGGGGCUUUGCUACCAAAAAGUUACAUACUAAUGAUCGUGGCCAUUCUAGUAAUGACAAUGGUGGUAACACCAGCAAUAAGCUUGUAUCGUCCCUCCAAGAAUCAGAUCCCCUACAAGCGGAGGACCAUUCAGAAAGGCAAAUCUGAUGAAGAGCUACGAGUUCUGGCUUGUAUUUACGAUACCAAAAAUGUCCCUUCCAUCAUCAACCUUCUUCAUGUUUCCAAUUCCACUCCGCGAUCUCCGAUUAACAUCUUCGUGCUUCAUUUAAUUGAGCUCACAGGCCGGGCCUCCGCCAUGCUCGUUGUCCAUACAUCCAACAAAUCAGGUCCACGAAAUAAUCUAAGUUACAUAGAAGCUCAAACAGAUCAAAUCGCAUCUGCAUUCGAUAAUUUUGAGUUACGAUGUGAGGGUGUUCACACUCAGGUGCUUGCUGCCAGGUCACCUUAUGCAACCAUGGAUGAAGAUAUAUGCAGCAUUGCCAACGACAAACGGGCAACCAUCAUUAUCCUCCCUUUUAAUCGACAACAAGACAAAGACAUGGAAGACCUGAACCCUUCGGCGGAACAAAAUGUCAACGAGAGUGUGAUGGCGAAUGCCCCUUGCACGGUUGGGAUCUUAGUUGACAGGGGAGGACUCGCUGAUCCUAUGAAUCAAAUCCACGGUAGAAGGAUUGCAAUGUUAUUCUUCGGAGGACCCGAUGAUAGAGAGGCAUUGGCUUACGCGUGGCGCAUGGCAGAACAUCCUGAUACCGAGUUGAGAGUCGUGCGCUUCAUUCCAAGUCAAGAAAUCGACAUGGGAGAAGAAGCAGGAGAAUUCAUGGAAGAAGAUGAUGAAUUCAAAAUAGAAAUCGAUUCUAAAAGAGACCAAGCCGUGGAUGAUGACUUCUUGAACAAGUUCAGGGUUUCCACAGUCAAUGACAGCUCGGUUAAAUACGUCGAACUCGUGUUAAACGACGAGGAAGAAGCCGUCGAUGCAAUCAAGGAUAUGGAUAACGAAGAUCAUGACCUCUACAUUGUAGGUAAAGGGCGAGGGGUGAUAUCGCCACUCACAUCAGGACUUACAGACUGGUGUGAUUGCCCCGAAUUAGGCCCAAUCGGGGACCUCUUGGUUACUUCCGAGUUUGAGUCCACAUUUUCAGUGCUGGUGGUGCAACAGUAUAUCAAGUCAUCAACAUCAUCAGCAUCAUCCACAGAUGAUAACACAUUUGGGUCCACUAACUCUGUUAUUCAGAGGAGGAAUGACGCUGAUUUCAGGAACUCGGCUUCAGAAUCUGAAACAUUUGAGCCAUUAGCCAGUUUUAGGAAGAGGGAUCCUUACAAUCCAAAGUAGCAUUAUAUUUUCCGUGUUUUGUACAGAGUGACUACUUGUAAGAAACUCUUCUAUGUUUGAUAUCUUGAUUGAAUUAACAAUUAUGUUUGAAGGAGAGAGUGUUACUGCGGCGGGUUGGUUGGUGC